CCUGUGGCACGCAUGAUGAGUGUGGAAACACUCCCCCAUUGAAACAAAUGGGGUUUGAGCAUACGCACUUUUCGCAAUAUGCGGGGAGGGAGGUCCAGAGGGCCCACUGUAGUUGGAUCUCAAAUUACAUAGUGAAUCCUGUAACAAAUUAUUAUAAUAGCUACUAAUUCUAGUUGCAGGUCAGAUUGAAGUACAGUGAUACCAGUUUGGAAAAUAUAAAUGUAAUGUGCAUGUUAUGCAGCUAAUUAUGAUUAAAAUUUCAGCAUGCCUAUCAUUGAACAAUAUGGCCGAAUUGCUUUCUGAUUCAGGCUGCAAGCUACGUGGAGACAUUUUAUAUAUAGUGCAUCUUUCCUAAAAUUUACAAUGAAUGGCAAUCUUAUUUGAUCAGAAUCAGUAGGUUAUAUGUAAUUAUUGUCAUUUUAAUUAUGUCCCUGAGGAAGCAGGUGAUUAAUGAAAGAUAAAGUAAACUUUUAAAGACUGAAUUAAAUUGGGAUUAAAUUUCAUUGAGAAUAAAUUUUGUAUAUUUUGUUAGAACAUGUAUGUUCAUUAGUUGCUAUAUGUUCAGCAUGACAGUUAGUGCAUCAAAGGUGGUGAAAUAUUUGUUUCAAGUACACAUUUUUCAUACUUGGAUUGCUAAUAUCCUCAUGGCAAAUUGUAUUUGUUGUUGGUUCUCACUGCUCCUAGGUGUGAAAGAAAACUAGCCUUAAUUCAGCCUUGUCAGCUGCAACCUUUUUAAAUUUACUUACAAAUUACAAUAAUUUUGAUUGUCUAGACUCUUAGUUUGGACUUUUCUCUUAUUUUCAGAUGGAAAUUUUUUAGCUUUCUGUGUAGGAGUUUGUCCUACACAGUUUUAGCUUUCACCAUAGCUUUUGUUCUGGGAGUUGUGUAGAUAAGGCCUAAACAUGGCUUUAUUUCCUGAUAGCGGCUCUCUAUCCUAGCUAUAUAGUCUGGUGCAGCAUGCUUUAUGGCUCUUCAAAUGUAGUUUACUUAGCACUAGCAUGAAUCCACUUCACACAACUGAGAGGUUCUGUAUGGAGUAUUGUCAUGCAGAUAAGGCAAGGUACAGAAGAGGAAAGUUUGUGUGUAUCCCUGAAGCAUUUCUGCAGUUUCCCAGUGUUUUUGAAAAAGUGACAUCAGUUUGUCCUUGAAAUUUGGAAGGAAGAUAUUUAGUGUAGUAUAGUCAUUGGAGAAGUGAAUUAAAUGCAGGGUAGUCAAUAUCAUAAUAAGUACGUUUUUAAAUUCAAUAUCUAGUCCAUAUUGCAGCCAAUAUUAAUUAAAAUCAAGUUAAGUAUAUUUAAGGUUUGUUAAAAUAACCUAAAGGCGCCCACUGAUGCUUGUCUGAUCUUGGAAACUAAACAGGGUCAGCCCUGAUUACACUUGGAUGGGAGACCACAAAUGAAUACCAGGUGCUGUAGGCUUUAUUUCAGCAGAAGGUACUAGCAAAACCACCUCUGAGUAUCCCUUUCCUAAGAAAUUGUUACGAAAUUAAUGAGGUUGACAUAAGUCAACAGGCAUCUUGAAGGCACAUUUCCACACACACAUUUGCUUUUAUAUGUAUAUUAUAAGUGGGGAUUUUAUAAUGAGUAGGAGGACAUUUGAUGAAUUAAUGUUUGAUGAGGAAUCAAUUUUAAUUCAACUAAUUUUAAUGUACUUUAUAUAGACAAAUUUUAUACAUUUUAGGACUACCAAAAUAAAAUUAAAUGUGGCUUUUGAGGAUUGGACCAGCAUAGCCUAUGCUUAGGCAUAAUAUUUCAAUCUCUAAUGUCUCAAACCAUAACUAUCUAAUUUCCUGUGUAUACUGUGUACUGCUUUCAGUAUUUGUAGUUAUGUCAUGAAAAAUUCGCAUCUGUUAUCAGUCGCUAUUUUUUUCAUAUCGGUUCAUAACAGUUAGCUUCCUAAUCUACAAAAUUAACUUUCUGAUGAAACAUUUGAAAUAAUCUUUGUUUGUUUAAGCUGACUAAUAACAUAUAAGGAAUUUAAAUUGUAUGAAGUGAAAGGACAGCUCUAGUGACUUUUUUUAUAUCUCAUACUCCUCUUAUCUUGUACUUUAUCUUACAGUUUAUCAUAUUGUACAAUGGCUUUGUUGCAGUAUUGUAUUGCUUUAUUACCACAUCACUGCUUUGAGAGGACUUCGAUGUAUUUUUCAUUUUAUUUCCAGCCAAUCAGGAUCUCAGGCUGCAUAAAGACAACCAGAGUGUCCAGAAAUAGCCCCAGGGGGAAGUUGAACAGAUAGCAAUGAUGAAACCAAAAGGACAGAAUGAGCACGAUGAAGGCAUGCUGGAAUAUUUAGAGGAUAUAAUAGGUUCAGGACGGUUAAAAGAGCCUAUUCAAAUAUUAUGUCGAAGAGUUGAGAUAUUAAAUGAACAGAGGGGUGAAAAGCUGAACAGAGUUAAAAUGGUGGAAAAAGAAAAGGAUGCCUUAGAAGGAGAACGGAAUAAAGCUCUUGAAUUCCUUUCUUUGGAAAACAAAAUGUUCAAGGAAAAGAAUAAGAUAUGCCAGUACUACAUUUACGAAUUACAGAAACAAAUAAAUGAACUGGAAAUACAGAAGGCAAAAAUACACGAAGACACUAAAGAAGUUAAUGAGAAAAGCAGCAAACUGGCAGAUGAAAUGAAAGAUAAGAGUAAAGCUCUGAAAGAAGUUGAAAAAAAACUUAAUAAAAUCACAGCGUUUAUAGAAGAAAACAAAAACAAAUUUACACAGCUGGAUUUGGAAGAUGUUCAAGUAAGAGAAAAACUAAAACAUGCGAAGAGCAAGUCAAAAAAAUUAGAGAAGCAGCUUCAGAAGGAUAAAGAAAAGGUUGAAGACUUGAGAAGUGUUCCUGCCAAUAGUGAGUCUACUAUCAAAGAAGCUACAGUUAACAGAGAAGUUCUAGAAAAAGAAAAGGAAAAGGUAGAAGAAAAACUGAAAGAAGUCAUGGAUAGUCUUAAACAAGAAACACAAGGAUUGCAGCGAGAGAAAGAGGACAAAGAAAAAGAACUCAUGGAAUUCAGCAAAACAGUUAAUGAAGCACGUUCAGAUUUUGAUGUGGCAAAAUCAGAACUUGAUUUAUACCUUAGUCGUCAUAAUAUUGCCGUAUCUCAGUUAGAAACUGCAAAAGGAGCUCUUCAAACUGCUUCAGAAACACUUAAAGAAAGGCUAGCUGCUAUCAAAGAACUGGAGUCAAAAUUACCACAAGCUGAACAUGAUCUGAAGAAGAAAGAGAAUGAACUUGAAAAACUUGUUAAAGAGGAAGCAGACAUAAAAAAUCAUGUUCAAGACCUGCGUCAGAAAGUGGAAGAAGCAAGAAGUUCAUUGACAGCAAAUAAAAGUCGAGGAAAAGUUCUUGAAGCUUUAAUGCAACAAAAGAAAUCUGGAAAUAUUCCUGGAAUAUAUGGGAGACUGGGUGAUUUAGGAGCAAUAGAUGAAAAGUAUGAUGUUGCAAUUUCUUCAUCAUGUGGGGCACUUGAUCACAUAGUUGUUGAUACAAUUGAUACAGCUCAAGAAUGUGUUAAUUUCUUAAAGAGGCAAAACAUUGGAGUGGCAACUUUUAUAGGGCUUGACAAGAUGUCUGUGUGGGGAAAAAGCAUGGGCAAAAUCCAGACUCCUGAAAAUACUCCUCGUCUGUUUGACAUGAUAAAAGUUAAAGAUGAGAAGUUCCGGCAAGCUUUUUAUUUUGCAAUACGAGAUACUCUGGUAGCUAAUAACCUGGAUCAAGCUACCAGAGUUGCAUUCCAGAAAGACAAGAGGUGGAGAGUAGUAACCUUGCAAGGACAAAUCAUAGAACAGUCAGGAACAAUGACUGGUGGUGGUGGAAAAAUAAUGAAGGGUAGAAUGGGAUCUUCGGUUAUAGUUGAAACAUCAGAAGAUCAGGUAAAUGAAAUGGAAUAUCAACUUCAAAAGAAUUCCCAAAAAGCAAAACAGUGCCAGGAACAGAAAGUGCAGCUUGAGGAAGAGAUAAUAAAAUUGCGUCAGAGUGUCAGAGAAAUGAGAAACACUUUAGAAAAGUACAGUGCAAGUAUUCAGAGUUUGUUAGAACAAGAAGCUCACUUAAAAAUCCAAGUUAAAGAGCUUGAAACAAAUGUAAUUGCUGCAGCUCCAGAUAAAAUCAAGCAAAAAGAAAUGGAGAAAAAGUGCAAUAGUUUCAAAGAAGAGUAUGACAGAGUUGCUGCAAAGGCUGGUAAAUUGGAAUCAGAAGUUAAGAAACUACAUAAUCUCAUAGUUGAAAUUAAUAAUAGUAAACUUAAAACUCAACAAGAUAAUCUUGAUAGAAUAAACAAGGAAAUAGAUCAGUGUACGUCUGCUAUUACUAAAGCUCAGGUGGCAAUCAAGACAGCAGAAAGAAAUUUGAAAAAAUCAGAGGAUGCUGUUCUUCACACUGAGAAGGAAAUUGACGAGAAUAAAAAGAACAUUCAAGAUUUAACAGAACAGCUGAGUACACUGGAUGAAAGAGCCGCUGAAGUUAUGAAUGACAGCAAAAAAGCUGAAGAGACCUUACCAGAGAUCCAAGAGGAACACCGCUCUGUGCUUCAAAAGAUGAAAUCUAUCCAAGAAGAAGAGCAUUUGCUUCAAAAGGAAGCUCUUAGUAUUAGGCUUAAAAUUGAGCAGCUAGAUAGUCAUGUUGCUGAGCAUCAAUCAAAGAUUAAGUAUUGGCAAAAAGAGAUAUCAAAAAUAUCAUUACAUCCCAUGGAAGACAAACAAGUGGAAGAGCUUCCUGUGCUCAGUCAAGAUGAACUUGAAGCUAUUAAAGAUCCAAAUAUUAUAACCAAUCAGAUAGCUCUUUUAGAAGCUCAGUGUCAUGAAAUGAAACCAAAUUUGGGUGCAAUUGCUGAAUAUAAUAAAAAGGAAGAGCUGUAUUUAAAACGUGUGGCAGAAUUGGAUGAAAUUACCAAUGAGAGAGACAAAUUCAGAGAAGCUUAUGAAGAGCUUAGGAAAAAUAGACUUAAUGAGUUUAUGGCAGGAUUUAAUGUAAUAACAAAUAAACUAAAAGAAAACUAUCAAAUGCUUACAUUAGGAGGAGAUGCAGAACUAGAGCUUGUAGAUAGCCUGGAUCCUUUCUCUGAAGGAAUCAUGUUCAGUGUUAGGCCACCAAAGAAAAGCUGGAAGAAGAUAUUCAACUUGUCAGGUGGAGAGAAGACACUUAGCUCACUGGCUUUGGUUUUUGCUCUACAUCAUUAUAAGCCAACUCCCCUUUAUUUCAUGGAUGAAAUUGAUGCAGCUCUUGAUUUUAAAAAUGUAUCCAUUGUCGCAUUUUAUAUAUAUGAGCAAACCAAAAACGCACAAUUCAUUAUCAUUUCGCUGCGAAACAACAUGUUUGAAAUUGCAGAUAGAUUAAUUGGUAUUUACAAGACAUACAAUACAACAAAAAGUGUUGCAACAAAUCCCAAAGUGAUUGCAUCAAAAGGACUCACAGAAGUUGAUUCUAUAGGGUGCUCCUGAAUGUGGAACUUGCUUUCAUUUUAACAAGCGGUUUCUAGUGAACACUUCCCAAUAUUUAACAUAAUUAAUAUCCAUUUAUUGUAAGUAAUUUUAAAUUUAGUAUUAUUCUGAGCAUGUUUUUCUCUAAGAACAUUUAAGGUCUUCAGCUCUGAAAUUACUGUUUACCCAUCAGAACUGAUUUUCAGUAGAUUAGCAUACUUUUUUGAUACUAAGGAUGAUAGAUUUUUUAAAAAACAAAAACCAAACAUUUUAUACUGAUUUUAUUUGUGUGUUCAAAUAAAAUUAUAAUGAAUAA